AAAGUAACUGAUUUAAGUUUCGUUUCUGCAGAACCGAGACUCCGUGACGUAUAAAAGCUUCAGCUCCGUUCAGGUUCUGUUCAAAUACAGAACGAUGGGUUUGCUUACUGGUCUCGCUCUCGGUGCGGUCGGAGCAGGUGGCGCUGUGGUCGCAGCCCCAUUUGUUCUGGGAGCCAUAGGGUUCGGUACAAUUGGAGUCACCGCCGGCUCCUACGCUGCAGCCUGGAUGUCAUCUGCUGCCAUCGCCAGUGGGGGCGGAAUAGUCUCUGGAAGUGCAGUGUCUGUGCUGACGUCACUCGGAAUGGGCGGCCUGGGCACAGCUGCCACCGCAGGAGUGGCGGGCGCUGGGGGAGCCGUGGGCACAGCCCUUGGCCUGCUGAUCUAAGAAGAAAUGAACAACAACAAAAGAGAAGAACUGCAUUUCUUCUGGAGAGAGCCCUGAUUGGACGGAUGUGUGUGUAACAAAAAUACAGGAUAUUUUUGUGAAACACAUCAUCAACUCUGUGUUCUCCCACUUUAAAAUAAAUGCAUUAAAAAUCAUGAACAUGAA